UGGAGUUUGAAUCCAUUGGUGGAUAUUCCUCUGUGAGGUGGCAGAGCACUUCAUUCCUAUCCUCUCACUCAGCCUUCUAAGUGCUGUUGCCAUUCAUGGUUCAUCCCAGGCACCCCCUCUCUACUAAGAAUGGUUUGCCCCAUCACCAGAGAACUUUAUCAUGCCCACGCCAAAAGGAAAGAGGAGGCGCCGAAUUAAAAGCUAAUUAUCAUAUCAUCGUACAGUCCCGGGACUGAAGAAGACCGGCGUCUCAACCCAGACUAGUUGUGGCGGUGCCACUGACUCCUUCCAUGGAGCGUUGCGCAUGCGUGGAGAGGGAGCUGGACAAAGUGCUGCAGAAGUUCCUGUGCUACGGCCAGUACUGCGAGCUGCGACUGGAGGAGCUGCUCCGCUACGUCACCCGGCUGAGGGAGGAGCUACGCGACCCAGACUUGCAACGGACACCACUGUCUGCUACACUCUCCCUGGUUAUUUCUCAGUGCUGUAAGAAUAUCAAAGACACUGUGCAGAACUUAGCUUCAGACCACAAAGACAUUCACAGCAGCAUUUCUCGUGUGGGAAAAGCAAUUGAUAGAAAUUUUGAUGCAGACUUGUGUGGCAUUGUUCCUGCUGUGGUCUGGGAGUCCCAAGAGAAGCAGAUACUGGUGAUGGCCAUCAUAGAGCAUCUCUACCAACAGGGGAUGCUGGGAGUAGCUGAAGAAAUGUGUCAGGAAUCCACUGCAAAUGUGGAUGUAGACUUCAAAAAGCCAUUCCUGGAACUUAACAGCAUACUAGAAGCUCUGCACAAACAAGACUUGGAGCCUGCUCUGAGCUGGGCGAUAUUCCAUAGGCAGCAGCUGGCAGAAUUGAACAGUUCUCUCGAGUUCCGGCUGCAUCGGCUCCACUUUAUCAGGCUCCUUGCUAGUGGUCCAGGAAAGGAGCUGGAGGCCCUGAGCUACGCACGCCACUUCCAGCCCUUUGCACAUUUACACCAGCAAGAGAUUCAGGUCAUGAUGGGCAGCUUGGUGUACCUGCGCUUGGGCCUCAGAAACUCCCCAUACAGGCACUUGCUGGAUGAUAGUCAUUGGGGUGAUAUUUGUGAGACUUUCACACGUGAUGCCUGUGCCCUACUGGGACUCUCUGUGGAGUCACCUCUGAGUGUCAGCUUUGCUGCAGGGUGCGUAGCACUGCCAGUGCUUAUGAACAUCAAGGCUGUGAUUGAGCAGAGACAAUGUACAGGCGUCUGGAGCCACAAGGAUGAGCUACCAAUUGAAAUUGAGCUAGGGAUGAAAUGCUGGUACCACUCAGUCUUUGCAUGUCCCAUCCUGCGCCAGCAGACAACAGACUCUAACCCACCUAUCAAGCUAAUCUGCGGACAUGUUAUCUCUCGAGAUGCCCUCAACAAGCUCAUCAAUGGAGGGAAGCUGAAGUGCCCAUAUUGUCCCAUGGAACAGAACCCAGCUGAUGGAAAGCGCCUCAUCUUUUGAUAAUAAGAAGCCUUGGAAGUAAAUUUGUGAAAAUGCGGGGAUAAUGUUUAAUGAGAAGUGCUGUGUAUUUGCAACAAUACAUAGUGUCUUGCUUGGGAAUGGCCCCAGCUGCUAUAGCUAUGGAAAUUUUCUGGGGCUAGAUAGGUUUUCUAGUGUGAGGCAAGACAUGAUUCUAUAUUCCUGUCAGCAUAUAACUGUCACUGUCUCCGAGACCCCUUCUUUGUUGACAUGUGUCAACACCUCCUGAUGCAGUUUUCUUGUUGCAAUAGGGGUUGUACAACAAUCAGAAGAACUGCUGCUGUUUUUAAACUUUGAAACAGGCUUUGAUUUCAAUCAGUUUGAAGUGAGGAAAAUUCGUUUUUGUUUUGCUCCUAAUGUAUGGUUUGGCAACAAGGGAGUGUAGAAAGGUGGGCUACAUCUAAUUUAAGUUAGGAAAAAAAUGGAACUUGCUUUGAAGAAAGGUUUAAAAUAGUUUGGAAAGGAAUCUUGGCCCACUGGCUUCACUAAAGGUCAUGUUUGUGCCUACAGCCAUACACAAUGAAGUAAUCACAAGAGUUAAUGCUUCUGGACAAAAAAACAAAAAAACCCUCUCCAUCCCCUAGUAUUAUGGGAGAAGCACGCAGACCUGCUGUGAAUAUAUAUUAGUGUCCUACUGCUGUAUUUGCUGAGUAGGAAGAACCAACUAAGCUUCAUUUUAAACAAUGAAACUUAUAAUGACCAGUGCAGGGUAAGAAAACUGGUACAAUAGGAAUUAGGACCCAUAUAGGCAUAUAGAUAAGAUACAAUUCAACUUUCCUCCUUGUACUGCAAUGUGUGUUCCUUAAAAAUGGUAAUAUAGGUCCUGCUAUAUAAACAAACUAUUUCUGACAAUGGUAUGAGAAGGACCCUAGAAAACAUAUAUAUGAUACACAUUCUUAACAGGGAUAUUACAUCUACUUUUAUAGCUACCCAUAAAACAUCCCUGAAGAUAGAGUGAAAAGUAGGUACAUCUACUGGCAGAGUUCAUAAAAAUCAAGAACUGAUAUUCUAGUAAACUGUUUCAAGAGCUGAGCCUACCUCCUUUAGGAAAAAUGAUAUGUAAGUUAUUUAUAAAUAACUAUUGAUGCUUUAAAGAUAAAUAUGUUCUAAUUCAAAGGCUACUGGACCAGGUCAGUGCCUACAACUUAAAUUUGAAAUAAGUGAGCAACAUUUGACUGUAAGAUACAGUCUUUCUAAUGUUGUUGUAGCCCACAGAUAUAAUCUUGGGGCUUUAUCUGACUGCAUAUGAUCAUUAUUUUACCUUUCUCUAGGGCACAAAUAACUGCUAUGACUAUGGAAGAAAUGGCAUAGGAAUAUACCUAAAUAAAUUUUUUCAGAUAGCUUGGUAGAUACUUCUGGUGUUGGCUUAUUUAAAACCAUAUAUUACAUACAGUAUUGCUUCUAAAGGUCUUCAGCCAAGUAAGAUACAUAUACAGAACUGGUGUGAAUGUUGGAUUAUGACUCCAUGGUUAAAAUCUCUGCUCAGCCACAGAAAUACACUGGAGACCUUCAGCAAACCACGUUCUCUUAGCCCAAAAGGAAAAUAAUGGAAAAGCUUCUCUAAAAAAAUGUUGCCAAGAAAAUCCCAAAUAAAAUCACUGUAUGUUGGAAUGAA